AACAAAACAGCUGACACGUCUUUCUACAUUUACGGUAUGUUUCUGAGAGUAUGACCAGGCCUUUAGAUUGAUUGGAAGAUUGCACAGUCGACUUUUAGAUCCCUAAUACAAACAUAUAAAUAAAAAAUGGAAUCUUCGGAGUCAGCACAGGAUACUGGGAGCCGUGAAGCCCAAGACUUAAUAACAAAAGCCAGUGAUGAAUUUGACAUAGGAAAUUAUGAUGAGUGCAUCAAUAUCUUACAACAACUGGAAAAAUUAAAGGGUCGUGAUUGUAAGUCACAUCACAAUCAGGCCGUGGCCAAAUUCUAUAAGGGAAAAUGUAAAGAUUACUGGGGCUUGUUGAAAACAUUGGAAGAAUUAGACGUGAAUGAGAGCAGUCGCAAUAUACCCACGAUUUCAGCAUUAUCGCCAGUGCCGCUGUACAAUAAAGCAGUGAUUUAUUAUCAUCGGCAUAUGUAUCAAACAGCCAUGGAUACCAUCAGCCCAAUUACGGAGAAGAUAGAGACGUACGACGCCAAUGCAAUAGCAAUGAUAGGGAUUUUAAUGCUGAGGUUGUUGCUGGCAACAAAUCAACCACAGAAAGCAUAUCGCUUUCUCGAAACUAUUCUUGGACAUUUGGGUAUAAAUAUUGCAACAUUAGCCACGGAUGAAUGUAAUGUUCAGGAGACUGUACCUAGACUUGAAGAGAAAACGAAUAAACACUUAAAACUUUUGUCAUUACUGACACAUGUGGUCAAUAGAAAGAUUGUUGUGGUGCCAGAGGAUGGAUCUCCAGAAUUUGCUGCGCUUAAAGCACAUCAAUAUUAUAUAAUGAAGGACUUCCAAAUGGCCGCUAAACAAUUAAAGAAGAUAAAUGUGGAUUCGUAUAUGGGAGGUAUUUACAACCACGAACUGAACACACUUAUUGCCAAUAAUAUGGGCGUAAUUCAUUUGCGAGUACGACACUAUGCUAUAGCAGCAAAUUUCUUCCAGAAUGCCAUUAACUUUGAUAAACACAUCGCCUCAAAUCUACGCAAUGCCGAGUUGCAUGACAUGAGUUCUGCUAAAUCAUGCGAAAUUCUCUAUAAUUUGGGCAUAGCCAUGUUACACUUGAGAAGACCAAAGGAAGCGUUUCAAUGUUUUUUGAUGCCUUUGAAAACCUACCACAGUAAUCCCCGUCUAUGGUUCAGAAUCGCCGAGGCUUGUAUAAUGGAGUAUGAAAUGAAAAGAUCGAAUGAUGAAAAACUCAAAGCCAAUUCCGCUACAAGAUCAUUGUUUUCCAACAGAAUAGACUACUCUGAGAGCAGUCAAUCGGCGGCAGUGCCCGAACCCACAAUGCCUUUCGCUGCGUUGAGUUUGCGCAAUGCUUUAACGUUUACACGAUUUUAUAUGAGCCAAUUACACACUUCAUCCUCGUCUGAUGAGUCAGCUGAGGGUAUUGAAAACCAAGAGUCUAAUUGGCAACGAACUAGGGACAAUAAUUUUUGUAAUCCCUCUGGUCCGGUUACCAAGGAAUCAUUUGAUACGAUGCUAUCUUCCAUAUAUGCGGCACACAGUUAUGUCUGUUUGAGAUUAGGUGAUUAUGUAACAGCAUUGGAGAUGGCAGAGGAAUUACUAAAAAUGGAGAAUCUAUCCGAUGCACAUAAAAUGCUAGCACACAUGUAUGCCGGCGAAGCAUUUAUAAUGAUGGACAAUUUGUCAGAAGCCCGGCCCCAUUUAGAACCCACAUUUGUUUCGAAUCUUAAUACAUUUGAUUUCGAAACUAAGGAUUGGCAGGUGAAAUCAUUGGAUGCUGCUCAAAACGUAGUACGCUAUAACCUUGCUGUAGCCAUGACAUUGCAAGGCGACCUUGAAAUGGCACGUAGCCUUCUCAAUACCUGCACACAUCCGAUAGUGGCGCAAAAAGUAUUUAAUCUAAAAAAGACUCAGGGUGCGAUAAUGGCAGCUGCUUUGCAAAAACAACAGCAAACAACAACACCUAGGAUUACAUGAUGAUUGUAGUAAAAAUAAAUAAAAGUAAACAACAAAAUAAAAAAAUAAAAGAAAAAUUCAAAUAAAACACCAUGGAUCGCA